CCUCCAGUGUCUGUCUCCAGGAUUUCUCUCUUCCUAUUUCAGGAGGACUCUCACAGGCUCCCUCAGUCUGUGUGAAGCUGAGGUUUCCCCUGGAUCCCGUACAUCCCCAACACAUACCUCCACGCACACGGAUCCCCAAGAACCCCGAGCUCACACCGACACACACUCGCGCGCGCACACACUCGCGGCCGCCUGUCCAUCUCCCUCUCGGGGAGAGCCGGCGCGCGUUCCCACCUUCGCCGCACACGCGGGCGAGCCGAGCUCGCUGCGCGCUAGGAUUCCGCGGCUCGGAACUCGGAUCACAGCUCUCAACCCCCAUGGUGGCUUUUUAAACAUUUCUUUUCCUCCUCUCUCUCGUUUUUAUUGCACCGUUUUCGAUCUGGGGGGCUAGAGGAGCGAGGCGGCUGCUUUCCUAGCCAGCCCUGGUUGGCUUGCCGUCCUCCAUCAGGCUUAUAAAAGUUUGCUGAGCGCAGUCCAGAGGGCUGCGCUGCUCGUCCCCUCGGCUGGCGGAAGGGGGUGACGCUGGGCAGCGGCGAGGAGCGCGCCGCCGGCUCUGGCGGGCUUUCGGCUAGAGGGGCAAGGUGAAGAGCGCACGGGUCCUGGGGUUCACCGAGCUGGAUUUGCAUGUUGCACCAUGCCUUCUUGGAUCGGGGCUGUGAUUCUUCCUCUCUCCGGGCUGCUGCUGUCCCUCCCGGCCGGGGCGGAUGUGAAGGCUCGGAGCUGCGGCGAGGUUCGCCAGGCGUACGGUGCCAAGGGAUUCAGCCUGGCGGACAUCCCCUACCAGGAGAUCGCAGGGGAGCACCUAAGAAUUUGUCCUCAAGAGUACACCUGCUGCACCACAGAAAUGGAAGACAAGCUAAGCCAGCAAAGCAAACUGGAGUUUGAGAACCUGGUGGAGGAAACGAGUCACUUUGUCCGCACCACUUUCGUGUCCAGGCACAAGAAAUUUGAUGAAUUUUUCCGAGAGCUCCUGGAGAAUGCCGAAAAGUCCCUAAAUGAUAUGUUUGUACGGACCUAUGGAAUGCUCUACAUGCAGAAUUCCGAGGUAUUCCAGGACCUCUUCACAGAGCUGAAAAGAUACUACACAGGGGGCAAUGUCAAUCUGGAGGAGAUGCUCAACGACUUCUGGGCCCGGCUCCUGGAACGGAUGUUUCAGCUCAUCAACCCGCAGUACCACUUCAGUGAGGACUACCUGGAAUGCGUGAGCAAAUACACAGACCAGCUGAAGCCCUUCGGAGAUGUUCCCCGGAAGCUGAAGAUCCAGGUCACCCGCGCCUUCAUUGCUGCUCGGACCUUUGUCCAGGGGCUGACCGUGGGCAGAGAAGUUGCAAAUCGAGUUUCCAAGGUCAGCCCAACCCCAGGAUGCAUCCGUGCUCUGAUGAAGAUGCUGUACUGCCCUUACUGUCGAGGACUUCCCACAGUGAGACCGUGCAACAACUACUGCCUCAAUGUCAUGAAGGGCUGCCUGGCCAAUCAGGCUGAUCUUGACACGGAGUGGAAUCUGUUCAUAGACGCCAUGCUCUUGGUAGCAGAGCGACUGGAAGGACCCUUCAACAUUGAGUCGGUCAUGGACCCAAUUGAUGUGAAGAUCUCUGAAGCCAUCAUGAACAUGCAAGAAAACAGCAUGCAGGUGUCUGCAAAGGUCUUUCAGGGAUGUGGCCAGCCCAAACCUGCCCCAGCUCUCAGAUCUGCCCGCGCAGUUCCUGAGAACUUUAAUACACGGUUCAGGCCUUACAAUCCUGAGGAAAGACCAACCACUGCUGCAGGCACGAGCUUGGACCGGCUGGUCACAGACAUUAAAGAGAAACUGAAGCUCUCUAAAAAGGUCUGGUCGGCACUGCCCUACACCAUCUGCAAGGACGAGAGCGUGACGGCGGGCACGUCCAACGAAGAGGAAUGUUGGAACGGGCACAGCAAAGCCAGAUACUUGCCUGAGAUCAUGAAUGACGGGCUGACCAACCAGAUCAACAACCCCGAGGUGGACGUGGACAUCACGCGGCCCGACACGUUCAUCAGGCAGCAGAUCAUGGCUCUCCGCGUGAUGACCAACAAGCUGAAGAAUGCCUACAACGGCAAUGACGUCAACUUCCAGGACACAAGCGAUGAAUCCAGUGGCUCGGGGAGUGGCAGUGGCUGCAUGGAUGACGUGUGUCCUACAGAGUUUGAGUUUGUCACUACAGAGGCCCCUGCAGUAGAUCCCGACAGGAGAGAAGUAGACUCUUCUGCAGCGCAGCCGGGGCCCUCCCUGCUCUCAGGAUGUCUCGUCUGCAUUGCCCUGGUGUCGCAGAGACUGUGCAGAUAAUCCGGGGCGUUUGGUCAGAUGAAACUGCAUUUUAGCUAUUUGAACAGCCAACAACUCACUUCUUUUCUUACCCUCUUGGACGAUGGACCAUGCCACAAAACUUUACCGUUUUCUAUGAGAAGCGGGCAGCACUGCACGCUGCCCCCCUUUUUGUUUUCCCAAAGAGUACCGGGUGCCAGACUGACUGCUUCCUCUUUCCUUCAGCUAUCUGUGGGGACCUUGUUUAAUUCUAGUGAAUUCUUACUCAAAUCUUUCGUACCAGGAGAUUUUUCUUACCUUCAUUUGCUUUUAUGCUGCAGAAGUAAAGGAAUCUCACGUUGUGAGUUUUUUUUCCCCCCAUUAAGAAAAAUAGGAAGAAAAUAAUUUUCCUUGCAAAAUCAGACCAAACCCCGAGACAACUGCCUUUUCAACAAAGAAGCAGAAAAGAAAGAAAAAUAAAAGAGCUUUAACACUAUAUGUUGGGCAUUGCCAGCCAACGCCCAGUGUAAGCUUUUCUGUGACAAAUCAGGUUUACAGAAUGCUUAUGGGAGAGCGUUUGAAAUUGUUUUCAUGCAGUGAAAAUACACGGUUGUCUUAGAGGUCUUGCACUGCAACCACACAUGGCCAAACUGGUUUGGAGGUACUGACAAUAAAUGUAGCAUUCCAUCUUUACGGCCAGAGCAAAAUCUGCUACAACUCAGCACCUCCCUCUCGCCCUCCCCCAACGUCAGUAUCAGUAAUGGCACCAUUUUCCUUAAUUCUUUUCCUGUCUGUCCACUGUAUCCAAUUGGCACAGAUUUUCCCCUUCAUCUUGGGUUACUAGUGGACAUCCGCAUGAAUUCCUCCUCCUCAAGAGUCUGACAUGAAAACAAUCUUCACCAAUGCAAUCACUUUGCUUUAGCCACGGGCUUGACGUGAAUUAGAUGUUUCUGCCCUCUGCUCAUUCCCCUCCCCCCAAGGAAGAGUUCUUUUAAUGGACCAGUAAGCAAUUAGACCCAUCAGUGAGUUUUCAUUUUUAACCGUUUGCUUUGUGUCAGUUGGUUUCUGCAUCACAAGGGCAUUCUCUUACAAAAUAACUCACAACAAAAAAAAAGUCAAGACAAAAAUAUAUAUAUAUAUAUAUAGUAUUGACAUGGAGAUUUCUUUCACUUUUUUAGUCUUAGUAUGAUCAUCUAUUUUUAUAUCUAUAUAUAUAUAAAUCACAGAUUUUAACUUCUUAAUUCCAAGCUCAGGGUUGACACACCUUUGUAACGAAAAUGUUUUGUCAACCAGCUCUUCUUGUUUAGUGCUGCUCAGAGAAGGGACUCCCCGAUGAUCUGUGAGCACCAAGAACCAAGAAAGAGAAAUUUUUACGUAUCUAACUGUCCAUUUAUUAAAAGUUUGCCAGGGCACACCCUUCUCGCAUGAGCGUGCUUGGUCCUGGGUACUCCGGUCUGUACCGAACUCAAGGACAGAGCGGUGGGUGUGUGGAAAUUUCCCGGUGAUGGAAACUGUAUGCAUAAGAAUGUGUUAUUCAUGCAAAAGCAUUGCUUUUAUGUACGACGUCUUCAGCCUAGGAUUCCUGCUUGGCACUUGGAGAAAUGUCCUAAUUCAAGAGGCCAAUUCAGAGCCGCAGCCUAACUGAUCUGCCAGGUAUGCCAACGCCAGGCAUUUUGCUCCCCCUGACAGAGAGAAGCAAAACUGGGGCUCUAUGAAUACAGUUGGCUAUCCAUGUGUUUUUGGUUUUCAUGAUGCAUCUCGGGUUAGGAAAAGUCAUGUUUCAAGACACCAUCGUAUGCCAGUCACAUGGUAAUUAACCCACUGGCACCUAGAUGAUAUUUUUUUCGAUCUCUGUACUCAUCCAAAUUGCAAUGAGUUAUUGAUUUAGUCGUCACAUUUCAGUAGAACACAUGCAGCACAGUAGUAUUAAGUAUACUCGAGCACUUUUGCAAAACUGAAAGUAUUUAGAAUCAUCUGUUACUCGUAUGCCUAAUGGAAUAUGGAACAUAGGAUUCUGAGAGAUUUUGUGGCAUCUUUUCAUUUCAAUCUUUAUGAAAUUAACCCUUAACCUAAUUCAGCACUGCAUACAUCCAGAAAACCAUCCAUUUCACUGCCAAACUUCAGCUUCCUAACACCAAUUACACGUACAACAUCUUUAUGAAGGACCAACCAUUUAUGUUGUUCAUUGCGUUGUAUGUUCAGAAAUCAGUAUUGUCUUUCUCCAAUAAUUAAGGUGCAAUACAAAUUAAAUCCAUGUUGAUUUUCCAGAGUAUUUGAGUCAUAACUCGUUUUUAUGGCUUUAAGCUCCAAGUCUUUCCUUUAAAAAAAAUCUCUGCAUUGUUUUCCGUGAAAUAGAUCCGAAUGCCUUGUUUGCCAUGUGUUUUCACCCGCAAAAAUUUCUGUGCAUGUGUAUGAAUACCUAUUACAGUAAUGAAUGUGAACCCAUGUUCUGUACACACUAAACACACAGAUAAUAUAUAAACGCCUGCUUCAUUCGACAUCUUCAUCAUCAUUAUUAUUCAUAUUGGUGAGCUAUCGUGACCCACCCGAGCCAGGAAGACAGCUGAAAUCGCUAUCGGUUAGUGAUGCCACAAGACUCGUCCCCUGCGUGGAUGUGGUCAAAAUACCAUUCAGAUUGUUCUUCCUGGUUCCUGUCAUCGUCCUAGUGCGUCAUAUGAUUUUUCACACCAAUUUAACCUGAGACUUUCUUUUGCGUCCUAAGGCAAUUAGUUUAAUCCAGUGAACCCAUUUCAGGAAGGAUUUGGGGAUCUCCUCCUCCCCCCGCCAAAUUAAUUUCUCUCGUUUGAGCACAGGGAUAGGGGAUGCCAUGAUGCCCAUUGUUUUUCCUGACCUGCUCUCCCUUGCUCCGAUGUCCCCUAAAUUCUCUAAUCGCAUCAUAACCUCUGUUACGAGUAGAGAGGAAUGGGCUCCCUGAAAUCGGACGCUGGAAAUUGUUGGGGUGAUGCUCCUCACUGCGAACACUUAGCUUAUUGAAGUGCCUCUAUUUACAUGUUCUUUAGUUAUAAUAUGUAUUUUUCUAACAAAUACACGUCUGUAAUGGGUGUAUAUUAUACUUUGUAUAUGUUAUAACAAAAGCUAAACAGAGGCUAAAGUCUUUAGCAGAGAAGAACGGAUUGCAAAUUCACGAGUUGGAGCUUCGCUUGUGGUUCUGUACUGGAGGACAGUGGCGACAACUUUCUCUCGCUUGCAUGAAGAUUGAGUCGGGACUCUGAUUAGAGCCAUCAUAGACACUAGCAAUCUGACUCCCUUACCGUGACUUACCCCAAUACGGACCUGGUAUUACCUGCUUUAAGGGUAAGGGAUAGAAAAUACUACUUUGUCUACACUGAAAAACACGAUUCUUCAUUGACAAGAAAUAGUUGUUAUACAAGUAACAUUCUGCAAAUCAAACACAGUAAAAAUAUUACUGGAACGCAGAACCCUGAUAUUUAAUUUAUGUUCCCUGCUGCAGACAUUAGCCUAUUUUAAUUCCUUAGCCAUCACAUACGUGUUUUGGCUACACACUGAACACCAACUAAAGUCCCCAAGGAGGAAUAAAACCUUAGCAAAUUCCUGAGUUGUGAUUCUUUUAGCACUUCUCUUUGCAAGGCUAAUUGUCAGGUGCUUUGAUUAAGGGUGGAAGGGUUAGCAAAGGCAAGUUUCGACCUUAUCAAGACUUGCGGAAAUUCAAACUCAUUUUCAUUCACUUACAGUCACUAACAAAUCUGACUUUGGACUUUAAAAAGGGGUGGGGGAGGGGAGGGACAGUUGCGCUUUGCCAGAAGAAGCGUAAGGAGACCACAACUUAGAAAUUUGCAACGUGUUCCUCCUCGGUGUAGACAUUAGCCAAUGUUUAGUUUUAGGCCAAGUUCUACAAAUACAGUAUUGAUUUGUAUGCAUUCUGGAGCCUUGCUAUAUCAUGGUUUGCGACAGCACGGGACUCAGCCUAGCAUGGGGCCAUUUGAACCUCAGUGAAAGUGGAAGCGUUACCGGAAUCUUUGACAUUGCCUUGUAAUGAGGUGCUUCCGUGAAAAGCCACCUCGGGAUGGCAUCGUAGUGAGGUCUCUGUGCAUAAACAUAUAUGCAGGACAAACGUGUGCACCAAUCAAACCUAAAAUUUUCUGUGACUGUCAAAUGAGUAUUAUUUGGGUUAAGAUUUUUUUCAUUUCUGAUUUGGAUAGAAAAUUGCUAUUAAUCUUGUAUUAAAAUAGUUUUUAAAAAUC